CGGGUAUCAUCGCGAUUUCUAACCGGCCCUUCGGCUCGACCUGUCUUUGCAUUCUGACCAUACACCAUGGACACCUUUCGACAGGAUCUAUUCAGGGGCAAGGUACUAUUCUGCACGGGGGGUCGAAGUGGAAUAUGCUACGAAAUCACUCAAACGAUGAUGGGGCUUGGCGCGGAUGCUGCGAUCGUCGGAAGAGAUGCCAAAGGUCUCGAGGAGAGUGCCAACAAACUGUCCAAAGCGACUGGGCGGAAAUGUCUUGCAACUCCAGCGGAUGUGAGGGAUGCAAAGGCUGUACAGGGAGCCGUCAAAGCGACGAUAGAAAAGUUUGGAAGGAUUGAUUUUGUGGUGUGCGGCGCCGCUGGGAACUUCCUCGUUCCCAUCUCUGGGAUGUCCGAAAACGCGUUCAAGACGGUCGUGGAAAUUGAUCUCCUGGGCACUUAUCACACUGUCAAAGCCACUUUACCCCAUCUGCGCGAGAGUAAAGGGGCGUACCUCCAUAUUGGAGUCACGCUUCACUACCGUGGAACCCCCUGGCAAGCUCAUGUCAGCGCUGCCAAAGCCGGGGUACACGCUUUGAGUCGUGUCAUAGCUGUGGAAGAAGGACCGAGGGGUGUGCGAUCAAAUGUCAUUGCCCCGGGGCUCAUUGGGGACACUGGUGGGUGGGACAGAUUAUCAGUCAAAGACUAUGAUCCCUCUAAGGGUGUUCCACUUGGACGAAUCGGCACAAAGAUGGACAUUGCGCAGGCUGCCGUAUUUAUCUUCUCGCCCGCAGCAGAGUACAUUACAGGCACAGAGAUCCCCGUAGAUGGAGGCGAUCAUCACCUGUAUCGAUCACCUUUACCUUAUCCAAAGAGUGUCCUAGAACCUGAGUCGAUGAAGAGUCUGGUCAAGGCAAAGAUGUAGUUCGAGCGGCGUUUCAAGCCGUAGAUACUGUAUGCAUGUACGAUAGCCGGCC